UGGUAGCCAUGGCAAAAGUAUAAAAUGGGGAAGAAAUAUAGCAACAAUAGCCAGUCUAAGAAAACAGUUCUGAGGAUUAACUCACCAUGGCAGAACAAGAAAUGAUUGUUGAUGUGGUAAAAAGGGACCCGAAUGAGAUUAAUGCUGCUAUACAAACGAACUUCGAAGACGUUCUUGCUGAACCAGAUGGUACACACAGCUUUGAUUUUAUCUGGAAGUACAGUUACGUGUGUUUCAAUGGAGGAAAAAACUGUUGCUAUAAGUUUCUGAGCACAUUAUGUGGUUUGUGCAUGGCGCUAUUCUGGGGAUGUGAGUUCGCAGUGAUCACGUUUGAGAUGGUGUGGUGCUACACGCCGUUACUGAAAGUCUACACGAUUUCUAUGGGACUCCAGCAGAAGUUCUUCGCCGUUUGUAUCAACUGUUGUUUGGCUCCUAUUUGUCAGACUUUUGGAAUGUUCUUCAGUAACAUUAACGUUAAGAAUGGUUAGAGAAGAAACGGAACGAAGAUACACUAUUCACAUGGUACUUCCUUGUUCGAACUGAGCACAGUGUUGCUGAUAGUUACAUUUCUGGCUUGGAAGAAGAUAUCAAGAACAGUCCAAAUGAGAUUAUUUCUGGUCGUAUAUUACCGAAUAUAAAACACAGUGUGCUUCUGUGACAUUUGAUUAUGUAAUUGAUAAGUUCCAACAUCAUGCAUUUGAUUCUAUAUGUCCAGCUUACAGAAAUAAACCACAUUUUUAUGAGUUUA